CUUUGUGCCGAUAUGGAGGAGACUAGUAGUUUAGAACUGUGUAUCAACCACAAUUGCUCAAUCACGGAGGCUUUGGUAAUUAAAAACAUGACCGAAACCGUUUGUGGUAAACCGCGGCGGGAUAGAUCCAACGCGGUCUCCAUCACGGGAAUUGUUGGGAUUUCUCUUGCCAUGAUAACUUUCCUUCUGAGAGUCCUGGCUAGGACAGUGCACCACCAGUCUGGAAUAGACGACUGGACUAUGAUUAUGGCAAUGGGAUUUGUACUGCCACUAUCUGCCCUGUCUGUUGUUCUUGCGAACCAUGGCCUUGGCAAGGACAUCUGGACACUUCCGUCUGAUGAGAUUACCUAUAUCCUAUAUAUAUAUUAUAUCGACGAGUCACUAUACAUUGGCAGCCUAACAAUGAUCAAGGUGUCCAUAUUGUUCUUCUAUCUUCGAAUAUUUCCAAAGAAAGUCUUCAGGAGGGUGGUCUAUACCGUUAUGACAGGGAACAUUUUGUACGGCAUCAUUUUUAUCCUCCUUUCGAUAUUUCAGUGUAUUCCAGUAAAGGCUGCUUGGACGAGGUGGGAGGGAGAGGUUCCAGCCAGGUGCUUAGAUAUAAAUGCUCUUGGGUGGGCGAGCGCUGGUAUCAACAUCUUUUUCGAUGUUAUCAUCCUUAUCCUUCCACUGCCAGAAUUAGCAAAGCUCGUUAUGUCGUAUCAACGCAAGAUUCACAUCUUAUUGAUGUUUGGUCUAGGAUCUUUUGUCACUAUUGUGAGCAUACUCCGUCUCAGCUCGCUCAUAAAGUUUGCAAAUACACAAGACAUAACAUGGGACUAUGUUCCUAUUGGGUAUUGGAGUACUGUUGAGGUGCAUGUUAGCGUGGUCUGCGCAUGUCUGCCAGCACUUCCUUCCCUAUUUCGGAAG